AUGUUUGAACAGAUCAGCCUAUUUGGUGACUUCGAGGAUCUCGACUCGCCUGUAGAGGAGGAUUGUGAAGGUUUGACCACGGCCAACAAGUCUGAUAGUAUGGAGGACCCCAACAUGUCUAGCGAGUUUCCGUCCUUCAACGCAGCACCAUGGAUGAAUUCCACUGCCGCAGAAGAUUCUGCCAUGUUGGCACGAUCUGGGUCUCAUUUCGCCCAAAGCAAUUGGGAAGAAUGGAUGCGUUGGGAGCCAGGACCGGAGAGCCUUUCUUCGAAUUCCGUAGACACACCAAGUCUUCUCCAGACUGAUCCAGGAACUUCUCCCGACCAAAACAGUCAAUCAGACUCACAUACAUUGCAAAGAAGCAGUCACUCUCCAGACACACAUCACCUCGACCGCAGUAGUGUUCGGAACGAGCAUUCCUUCGACUUUGGAUCAAACCUAGAUGUUUCGUCCGGCUACCAAUUCAACUACUCUUCUCUUCCUGCAUCAUCAAGAGAUCUCCACGGCUUUCCAAAUGACACGUACCUGGAACCGUUGGCAUGGGAAAAUGGUUCCCAAUUUAGCCUUAGCAAUACUGGUCCUUUAAAUGCCGAAACCAUGAGCAAAGCCGCCGGUCAGUUUAAGCUAGGUACGACACCCUCAUCAGAGACAUCGCCAUCUGCAGUCAAGUUCAACCCCACUCCGGUCACUUCAGGAUCUGCAGGAUCUGAGUCUUCCCCUGAACCUGCCCGCCCGGAGUUCAAUAGGAAGAAACGCAAGGCUUCUACUUCUGAUGAGGAAAAAGAUUCAUCAGACAGGCAAGAGCCAGUGAAAAAAACAGCUCACAACAUGAUCGAGAAGCGAUAUAGAACAAAUCUGAAUGAUAAGAUCGCGGCAUUGAGAGAUAGUGUCCCCAGUUUGCGUGUUAUGUCCCGUCCGAACGGAACAUUGGAGGACGAUGAUCCAGAGGAUCUUGAGGGCCUCACUCCUGCUCACAAAUUGAACAAAGCAACAGUUCUUGCAAAGGCCACCGAGUACAUUCGGCAUCUUGAGAAAAGAAACAAGCGCCUCAAUGAUGAGCUUGCGGAUUACAAGACUCGGCUUGACAAUUUCAAUAAGCUCGCAAUGACAAGGUCUAUGGGCAUGGCUACGAUGGCUAUGGCAGAUAGUGGAAUUAGGUAUUCAGAAGACACCUUUACUGGAUCUUCAUCAUCACUUCACGCGUCCGCUCAGGCCACACCCCAGGGUAUGAUACCAGUACCGGAGAGUAUGGCCAAUCUCCAUCGUCGCAAUAAAGCACAAUCUCACUAUGCGUCUACGCCCUACGGUAGCUAUCUGAAUCCGCCUCCGGGGCAGAAUAUGGCUGGCCAACCACCCAUGGUUCAGGGUCGUGGCGGUGGCGGUUUCAUGAACAAGAUAAUGAUUGGUUCAUUCGCAGGGUUGAUGAUUCUAGAAGGUCUAGCAGAGCGUAAGGAGUCAAAUGAAGACACCAAGACAGAAUCUUUGUUUGGCUUACCGGUCGAGCUUUUUGGAGAAUGGGCAACCAUAUCUAUACCACCUGUCACUGGUUCCAAUGGACCUGGCAACGUUCUGCCUCUGUUUAAAUUCGUUUUGGUUAUCUUCGCGCUGAUGUAUCUUGCUUGGCCCAUCCUCACGUCCAAGCCAAAGUCCAAGAAAGCUCCUUCUACUAUCACGAGAGUCACGCCGACUCUGUCGCUUGCCUCACCUGUUGAGCUACGCUGCCAAGCAUGGCUCACAGCCGUCCAGUCAAUAUGGGUACCACAGCACAGCUUUUUGGCGGAGAUUACGGCUCUUGGUCUCAAGAUAUGCAAGCUGAGCACGCGUCACCUUAUUGGUUGGCAGGGCUAUGCCUUCUUGACUGGAGCCACAAGGGAGCAGGAGGAAGGACGAGUAAAGGCCUGGUCCAUCGCCUUGGACGCACAAUUGACUGGAGGCGAUGCAGAAAUCAACGUGAGACGCUUGAUAUUGACUCUCAUGGCCUCAGGCACUCUGCCAGAUACCCCUGGCCGACUAAUGCUCAAAGCAUUGCACAUCCGCGUCCUUCUCUGGGAAGUAGCUAACACGAAGAUCGGCGCCUGGUAUAAAUUCGAAGAGAUCAGUGCGAAGCUUGCGCGUCACUACUGGAACCAGGCUCGAGCCGAGCACAGGAUGAUGACCAGCCGGGCAGAGAUUGUCGAUAGCGAGCGGCUGCCUACUCAUCUUGCGGCCUUGCUCGACAUCGAAUGUGACGAUGUUCUUGUCCAUCCACUCAUUCAACGCGCAUACAACCUUGCCUGGAACAAACCAAGCGGCGAGAAUACUGAUGUCGACCUGAGUCUUGACAGCGUUCUCGAAGACUUUGCUAUUUCAGGACCACUCGAUGCUUUGGCUGCGUGGUGGUCAGGCCUGAUCUUGAACCGCGCACUCGUCGACUCGUUUGAUAAGGACAGCACCUGGACUGAGGACCUGAAACUCGCGGUCGAUACGGCACCUCCUAAUUCAGGUGCACAAGUGCGUGCGUUGGUCGCCAAGUCCAUUCUGCUGGACAGUAACAGAGACGAAGAGGUCGCUACUGCCUUCAAUGCCGUCCCACUCAAGCUCUCGGAGUCCAGUUCAGCAGCAGGACCACUCAUGAAUGUCGUCGGAACGGCACCUGUUUCGUCCGAUGUUAUCAAAGCCCUCACCAUGGCCCGCUGCCUAUCUCUCGCCGAAGCAAGCAAAGCAACAGGAUCAGUCGAAGCGCGCAUUCGCGCAACCUUCCCGAUUCGCACCAACCUGCUCAACGAGUACACGCUUUCCUUACUCAGCUUCGUGGCUGCAUACAAAAUUCUCCUUUCAUUCAGCAAUGACUUUGAGCUAUUGGCAGACAGUAGUGAAGGCCUAGAGCGAUUGGCCAGCCUGCUACGCCUGUGGGUUGGACGAGAAACGGGCCGCAAGAGUGGGUUUAGUAGGGAGAUCAGAGGAGAAAUCAUCGAGAAAUGCGUGCGUCUGAGUAAAGUCUUCACGGGGAUGGGGGAGAAGACAGAAAGUGACGACGGAUAUGUCAGUGGGGAUGAUGAGACUAGCGGGGUGGGCUUCACGGUGUAG